GGUUAUUUCACUGUUUCACACUGACGGUAUUCGAUUUCUCUAUUUAUAAAGGCAGAAGACGAAGAUUGUGUGGUCUCUUUUCGUAUCAAAUCUCGGCCGAUUCGAUUCUCUUUUAUAGGUAUUCGACUCUUAGUCUUCUGGGGUUUUUGGGUAUUUUGAGAUACAGCGAGUGUGUGAUUAUGGCACAAGAGGGUGGCGCUCUGGUUACUGAUGUGCCAGUGAAGAGACCAAGAGAAGAUGAAGAAAAUGGGGUCCCUGCCACUACUGUGUCCAUGGAGACUGAGAACAAUAAGGACCUACCGGAUUCUAUCUCUUCUGUUAUUUCUGGGUGGUUCUCUGAAAUUAGCCCAAUGUGGCCUGGUGAGGCACACUCCUUGAAGGUAGAGAAGAUCUUAUUUCGAGGAAAGUCGGAUUACCAAGAUGUCAUGGUUUUCCAGUCUUCAACGUACGGGAAGGUUCUUGUUUUGGAUGGAGUGAUCCAGCUCACAGAGAGGGAUGAAUGUGCAUACCAAGAAAUGAUCACCCAUCUUCCGCUCUGCUCAAUUCCUAGCCCAAGAAAGAUUUUGGUUAUUGGUGGAGGUGAUGGCGGGGUUUUGCGUGAAGUGUCUCGCCAUUCUUCUGUUGAACAUAUCGAUAUUUGCGAAAUUGAUAAGAUGGUUGUUGAUGUUUCCAAGGAGUUCUUUCCUCAAAUAGCUGUUGGGUAUGAGGAUCCUCGUGUAACACUUCAUAUUGGUGAUGGGGUUGCAUUUCUGAAAGCUGUACCUGAAGGAACUUAUGAUGCAGUCAUAGUUGAUUCUUCUGAUCCCAUAGGUCCUGCACAAGAGCUAUUUGAGAAGGCCUUUUUUGAGUCGGUGGCAAAGGCUCUUCGACCAGGAGGAGUUGUGUGCACUCAGGCUGAAAGUAUAUGGCUUCACAUGCACAUCAUUGAGGACAUUGUAGCUAACUGUCGCCAGGUCUUCAAGGGUUCUGUGAACUAUGCAUGGACAACAGUCCCUACAUACCCAAGUGGGGUGAUUGGAUUUAUGCUUUGCUCAACCGAGGGACCCCCUGUUGAUUUCAAGCAUCCGGUGAAUCCUAUAGAUGCCACCGACAGUGAUAACGAAUCAAAGCCCUUGAAAUUUUAUAACUCCAAGAUUCAUUCAGCAGCUUUCUGCUUGCCUUCUUUUGCAAAGAGGGUCAUCGACGCGGAAAAAUGAGUUAAAAACCUUUGAAGCGUUGAAGAAGCAGUGGGAAGCUGUUGUAGAGUAGUAUCCAUCCUCAAAUAGUCAAUCCCCUGGUUAAACUUCCGGCAUCAUUUAUGCCGGAAAGAUUGCUUGUAGCAUGGGUGGUUGAUGGAAUUAUGAGGUCAAUGCCAUUCCUUGUGGGUUGCAAACUGCAAACACAGGAAGCCAUAUUUGGUUUUAGUUUAUUCAACUAGUGGUUUUUCAUAAUGUUUACAGAGGACAUGAGUGAUUCUAUAUUUUAUGAGAUUCCUAGUCUGCGAAUUAUUUAAAAGAUGUUGCUCUUUGCUAAGGUCUUUUCAGUUGUGCUGGAAUUGAUUUGA